UCAACAUUGUCCUCCUCGGCCACUACGGGAAGAAGAAAAAAUGUCCGCCGACUCGACAGCAUCCCUCUCCGCGCAAGUCAACAAACUCAAUAUCAACAACGACGCGACGUCGGACCCACCCACGUCAACACGACCAACAACAUCAUCUUCACCCACCACAAGAACAACAGAGACCAAGCCUUCGGAACUAGUUGCUGUCGUCGACGACCUCCUUGUCCAACUCAAUUCCAAGUUCAGCCAAGUCAGCACCGAAAUGCUCGGAAAGCUGGACGACAUGUCCAAACGUCUGGAUGCCUUGGAAUCUCAAAUUCGUGCUGGAAAUGCUGGGGGAAAGGAAGAGGAUGAGAUGUAGUACGAUCAUCCUGUUUUUGACGAAGUUGAGGGAGAAGCAAACGGCGCCGCUACUAUUGCUGCCGCUUCCGCUAACGAGGCUUCUUCCGAUGAGGCUUCUUCUGACGAGGGAGUGAUACUUGGGGAUGUUACUAAUGUGUGGCGGUCUCCAGAGAUGAGGCAGGAUGAGUCGGCUCGAAUUCGGGGUGGGGCUCAGACUGAGAGUGGGGACUUGUGAGAAGGAGAAAAAAAGCGUCUUGCUCGUGUUGGCCGGUGCCGACAAGUGCGUUUCUCGGAGAAGAUGAAGACGAGGAUGGUGGCCUCGACGACUGACCAGAAUGGUGCAACAUUGCUUCUAAAUCAGUCUUCUUCCCCAGGAGUGUGGGGAGGAAAGUGCUGACUAACAACACAGUCCUGAAAAGCUACCGAAGCACAUGUUGAGAUGCCCUAUGCCAGAAGAGCAAUGCCUACCCCUGCUCUUACCAGAAACUCCGAGGAUGGAUCUCAUGAGUGCAUUGGUUCUCAUCUGAAUACGGGAGAACCAGUAUGCCUCAAUCUCCGCAGUUCAAGACAUCGUAUGGUGAUAUCGCCUAACAGUUGGCACUAGUGCCCGCCAAUCCUCAACUGGCUCCUCUGCAUGCUAUCAUACUUGGGGGAGAACGACUGGCGGUCAUGUCGAUUCUGGCCGAGCUAGAGAUGUUCGGUGGAAACAGAUACGACGAAGCUUGGUCUACAUUGUGUGCGAUCAUCUCGAAACUCUGAUGGAUAGCUGGUCUUCUGAGGAGUGGAGAGAGGAUGUCCUUUAGUUCCCAAUAAUUACAUAGCAACAUGAAACGACCACAGCUGGUGAUUGGCUCGACGACG